AUGGGAAAGCUAGAAAAUCACCAUUCUUUCUCUUUGUGCAACAUCAGAAAGUUCCUUGAUCAAGCUCAACAUGACCCAUCGGUUUCGGAAGCCCUUCUCAAGGAUUGGCAAAAAAAGCUCGAAAAGGAGCUCGAUAUUCAUUCGUUGAAGUAUGAGUAUGCAUCUUUGUAUGGUCGACUUGUCAAUGAGUGGCUCUCAGCUUCGGAGGAUAGUAUUGCUUUUGAUGACAGCUCAUUUGAGACCAUAGGUCGAAAGGAGAUGCACGAGCAGCGAGAGAAGUGGGAAGACUACGUUUUCAAGCCUCUAAUCACUGAUUCCAGUGCUAUUGAUUCAUAUCUCACCACGCUUUUCACCUCGACGGCUGACAUCAAGAAAGCUUGGUGUGAGCUGCGACGCCGGACCGUCAUCUUUGAGAAAGGAAUGGAAAACCAAGCACACUUCGACGCAAACUCCCUGAAAUGGGUGAUCGACGGCCUCCUCCGCAGCGAUCUUCUCACAGACGAAAAACGCGCCAUUCUGAAGGAUUUUCAAAAUAACAAGGUAGUCCUCGCCGAAGUCGCCGACGUCCUUAAUAUGCGCAUGUCUUCACUCGACAAGUGGGAAUGGGGCUCAGAGGGCACACCUGUCGAACAACGCCGCCAUAUCAACGGUCGCUAUCGUUUUUACCACGACGAAGAUCUCCUACAAACCAUUCUCCUCCGCUACAUUGGCGUGAAAUGGUCCGUCUUCUUUAAACGCGAGCUAACCAGCUUCAAAGAAUCCUCCAAUGUCUGGGCCACUUCCUCUCCACAAGUUCCAAAAGCAGAUAAGCACAAACGCGAGUACUUCUUCGGCCGCGGCCACGACUCUGAUGCUACCGUCGAAAGUUACCGAGAAGAUCACUUCAAAUCGGAUAUUUUCCUCGAACAACUCCAAGACUCCCUCAAAGAACAGCGUGGAGGCUACUCUGACGAUGGUGCCACAGAAAACGCAACCGACACACGUAGUUCUCCCCAACAGAUCACGCAAUCAGUGCUCCACACUCUGGCCACCGAAAUUAUCAUACAAACUCGGCUCAACAACUCUUUGACUGUUGUCCGUUCCGAUUUUUCCUGGUUCGGCCCUUCUCUCCCCCAUUCGAGUAUAUUCUCCGUCCUAUACCACUUUGGUGUUUCGUCUAAAUGGACUUCAUUUUUCCGCCGCGCUCUCGAAGCACCCAUAGGCUUCCCCUCCGAUGGACCAUCCGCCACUGUUCGAAUUCGCAAACGCGGGACUCCGAUCAGUGGCCCUCUAAGUGAUAUGCUAGGUGAAACCGUUCUCUUCUGUCUUGAUUUCGCCGUAAACCGUCGAACCAACGGCGCACGUUUAUAUCGUUUACACGAUGACACAUGGUUCUGGGGCAGCUCUUCCGUUUGUGAAUCUGGCUGGGCCGUCAUGCAAGAAUUUGCCAGCCUCAUGGGGCUAUCUUUCAACCCCGAUAAGACCGGUUCCUGCACCAUAACUCGCCAUCCUACCAAUAUCACCCCACCCCCUUUGUCUCCCCCCCAAGGGCCUGUUAGUUGGAACUUCCUGCACCUAGAUCCUCUCACUGGGCGAUUCUUGAUUGAUCAAAAGCUGGUUGACAAUCACAUCAAAGAGUUAAACCUCCAAUUGAAAGCCUGCAAAUCCAUAUUCGAUUGGAUCCAAGCCUGGAAUAUCUACGGCUGCCGUUUCUUCUCCACGAAUUUCGGCCAACCAGCCCAAUGUUUCGGACUCGCCCACGUCAACGAUAUCCUCGCCACCUUCUCCCGGAUCCAAACUCAACUCUUUUCCGAAACCGGUGGUUCUGUCACCUCAACUCUCAAAUCCAUGCUCCACACCCGUUUCGACGUGAAAAAUGUUCCAGAAGGUCACCUCUAUUUCCCCAUGUUCAUGGGUGGCCUCGAUCUCAAAUCUCCUUUCGUACCCCUCUAUCUUAUCCGUGAUGACAUUAAGAAAAAUCUAGAUGACGUUAUGGAUGCUUUCUUCGUUCGAGAACGUAAUAAUUACGAAAAGGCCAAAAAGCAAUACGAGACUGGCACGGUGACUCGUCGUCAACACGGCCCUCAUCCCAACAUGCGAGAAUACGAACGUGUCGGCUUCCCAUCAUUCGAAGAAUACACAAAGUACAGAGAACGCAAGUCGCAUGCUUUAUUGUGUGCGUAUCGUUGUUUGAUAGAAGAACCAGUGGAGUGUGGUUUUGAUAUCAAGAUCAGGAGGGUAGUGCGUGGGCCGAAAGGAAGUGAACAGAAAGAAUUGACAACCUAUCAGAUAUGGAUCGUGGAGUUGUAUGGUUCGGAUAUGAAGGAGAGGUUCGGGGGAUUGAAUGUUGUGGAGAAAGGAUUGCUUCCGACGGGAAUGGUGGGAAUGUUUAGGGAGAGUAGGUUUAAGUGGCAAGGAUGA